AUGCAGGUUCCAGUCCAGAAUGCCCGAAUCGGCAUGCCCCGGGCGCCAGCUCGUCAAGCAGCUCAGGUGAGAUCGCUGUCUCCAGCAGUGUCAUCCAGGGCAAACGUUACACUUGGAACAGUACGAAUUGUUCAGUCCCCGCAGGCUUCGCACGUCCCGAUGUCAUUUCAAGCGGCGCCCAAGCCCCUGGCAGCACCGCGAAUGAGUCUCCAGCAGCCAGUACCACUGCUGCCACAAGAUGAGAUGGCAGCGUGGCUCCGUGCUGCGCGGGACUUCGUGACGAAUACCGACUUCGAUGUGGGUCCAUUUCUGGACCGCAAAAGAAACAUCACAGAGCUGAUGAACAUCAUGAAGGCGAACAGUGGCGGGAAAGGAACCAUUCAGGCACUGGGAGACAAAAUCAUCCUUAGCAAGCUGCUGGAAAACCUUGGUGUUCCGCAAAUGCCAGUGCUCCUGUCAACUUACACCAAAGUGGACAAGGCUGAGGUUGAGAAACUUGUUUCGUCCUGGACGCGAAGUAGUGACCCAGAAGUGUAUGACGUCGUGAUCAAGCCGACACACCUGAGCAGCGCUAUGGGUGCCGUGAUCAUGUCAAAAGCCAAAUGGGACAAGGAGCAGUGGAGUGCCCAGAAGCUGAUCGAGCACAUGGAGACAUACCUGGAGAAGAAGGCAGCGGACAGCGAGAGUGAAGCCCUCAAAUCGCUGAUUCCAGGCUUUAUAAUCCAGCCGAGAUACCGUUCGUCAGUCGGCUUCAAUUUUCCACUCGAGCUGCGCGUGGUAACUAUUUGGGGCAAGGCUCGCGUUGGGAUUUGGUGGUGGGGCCGUGUGGCUGAUCCAAAAGGCAGACGGACUACUUGGCUAGUCCGAGUACCGAAGGUUUCUGGCAAGCUCUCAGACGACGACGACUGGGAGGUCAUCCAUGAGCAUGGUGGCCACAAUCGUGGUUUCGAGGUAUCAUUGAAACUCUUCCGAGAGGCCAUGCCUGCAAUGUCUGCUGCAGCAGAGGGCAUCGCAACUGGCGUUGGAGCACCGUUCCUGCGAUCGGACUUUUUCGUCGGAAGCGCGGAGUGGGGAGUGCGCUUGAAUGAAGUUGCUUAUGGGAGCGGUGUGGACUACAAGCGUCGCCUUCGUGGCGGUACGUCAAAACACGUCACGAGUGCUAGUGGUGGCGCUUGGGUUGGCGGGCUGGUGGACGAUGGCCCUGCGAUCGCCGAGAUCCUCCAAGAGGGUUUCAAGCUUUGCCAGCGCAAGCCGCCUGCCGAAUUUCUCAAAGUGCUUGGAGCACGCACUGCGCUCUAUGAGGUUCCCACCAGAGGCCGCCCUCAAUCCGUAUCCAAACCAAUUGAGCCAAUGAUGAAGGUUGAGGCCGUUCCUCCAGAGAAGCGGUGCCGGCAGCUCCCAGAAGAUGCAGUACGCGACUUAGUGGGUCUCUACAAGAGUCCUGGAAACAUGCUUUCUCAAACUGGGUGCUGCCCUUAG